AUGUUUCGUCCUGUCUAUGUUCUCGCCGCUUUGUCGGCAGUUAUAGCAUCGGCAACUGCUGCUGACCAUGUAGAUGUCGUUACUCUUCCACUUGGCCCAGGAAAAGCCACAACCUUCGUUGGAAAAGUGGUUGGAUACUCUGAGUCCCUCACAUCCUAUGUAAUUGAAGAAAUCCCAGGUACCAUCGUCGUCGGCGCAUCUACGUACCACCAGACUUGGGUGUACCCUGACGGGGACUUCAUGUCUCAAGGCUGCAAUCUGCUCCCAUCUUCGUCCAUCGAGUGCGAAGUCUACAUGUCAGAUGCAGACUCAGGCUCGACCACGGUAUCGCCCGUGCCUGCAGCUAUGUUAAGCACGUUGGGUCCUUAUAUCGUGAGCAUUACUGCCACAGAAACUGGUGCGCGGUCAGAGACCACUGUGAAGACAGCCACAGAUUCAGUCACCCCUGUGUCCCCCACGGUGGAGGCAACGGAGACCACCGUCAAAACAGUCACAGAUUCAACCACCCCUGUGUCAACCACAGCAGAGGCAAUUGAGACCGGGAAGGCCAAGAGCACCUCAGAGCCGACUGGGGAUGUUAGCUCAACUUCUGCUACUGAAGGUGCUGCAGGAUCUACCUCGGUCGGUGCGGCUGCGCAUCUAGCGAUGAAUGGGUCGUGGAUUGGAGGCUUCUUCAUGGCUCUACUGGCUGCUUUCUAG